AUGGCUCAACUUCACGACGUCCUCAUCAUUGGCGCGGGUCCCUGCGGUCUCGCCGUCGCCGCCAGACUGAGAGAACACACCCCCUCGGCAAUCUUCACGGAUGCCGAGCAUCAGCGGUACCACUGGAUCAAUAAACACAAGGGCAGGAUGAACCUAGUCCGAAGGAGACCGGGAAAGAUGGGGAGCCUGGGGGUUCCCAAGCACCAACCUGCUGCACAAGGGAAGGAGAGGGCCUCGUCUGUAUCGAGCGAGGAUUCCACCUCUACGAACUCCACGACAUUCACCCAGGGCAGAGACUCAGCAACGUCUGUAUCCUCUCACGACUGGGACUCUGAGCCCGAAGAAGAAAGCAAAGAUUCUCCCUCGAUCAAAGUCCUAGACUCGACAUCCCCAAACUGGCUCACAAAAUGGCAUCGGGCCUUCAACACCCUCGAGAUCGCUCAGCUCCGCAGUCCUAUGUUCUUCCAUGUCGACCCCAGUGAUCGCGACGGCAUGCUCGCGUAUACGACCGAGCAAGGCCGCGAAGACGAUCUGUGGGAGAUACCGGGCUGCGUAGGGAAAGAGCUUUCCAAACACAAGAAAAAGAAGCAACAACGGCAGAGGUUGAAGCAGAAAAAAGGUAAUCUGGGAGUGCUGGGGGACACUGAAAUCGACGAACGUGAUCGCAAGGAUUACUUUUCGCCUGGCACAGGGCUGUUCAGAGAUUUCUGUGAGAGCGUCGUGUCUAGGUAUCGGUUGGAUAGAAAGGGGUUUAUUGAGGAGGCAGAGGUUUCUGAUAUCACGUAUGGGUAUGUGGAUGAUCUUGACUCCGUGAAGAAGGUCUUUACCGUUACCACAAAGGAUGAGAGGGUCUUCUAUGCCCGGACUGUGGUACUGGCCGUUGGACCUGGUGGGAAGAAGAUCAUGCCCUUUGAACUGAGCGAGCAGGAGAAAGAGGGCGCGUGCCACAGUUCCGACCUCAGACCGGGUCUGUUUCCGUGCCCGCAUGUUAAGAGGAUGAUCCAAGCACGGAAGGAAACGAAUCUCGUCAUCGUGGGAGGCGGACUAUCUUCUGCGCAGAUUGUCGAUAUGGCCAUCAGGAAGGGAGUAAGCAAGGUGUGGUUUCUGAUGAGGUCUGACUUUAAAGUCAAACACUUCGACAUCACCCUAACAUGGAUGGGUAAAUUCAAGAACUAUUCCAAAGCCGUCUUCUGGUCUGCGGACACAGACGAAGAACGCCUUGAAAUGAUUAAAACAGCCCGCGGAGGCGGCAGCAUCACCCCCCGUUACCAGAGGAUCCUGCUCAAACAUGCUGCUGCCAAAAGGCUCUCUAUCCACACCCACACAGUCAUCACAGAGAAAGCGUAUAAUCCCGCCACAAGAACCUGGCGCUUAGCCACCAGCCCACCGAUUCCAAACCUUCCCGACCAAAUCGACUACGUCUGCUUUGCGACGGGUAUGCACAUGGAUGUCAACGAGUUGCCAUUCAUGCAGAAAAUGCAUGCAGACUACCCUAUUCGAUCAAUUGGAGGUUUACCCUGUCUCACGGAUGACCUGAUGUGGCAGGCGGAGGUGCCGCUGUAUAUGACGGGAAGGCUUGCGGCCUUGAGACUUGGUCCUGGGGCGCCCAAUCUGGAGGGGGCGAGGUUGGGCGCGGAGAGGAUUGCGUGGAGUCUGGAGGAGGUGCUUGGGAAACGAACGUUUGGCAAGGAUGAGAAGCGCGAGGCAUUGGAUGUUGAGCGGUCGAUGGAGUGCUUUUGCGGGUUGGGGAAUCGAUUCGCUGAACUUCCUGAAGCUUGA